UAGACUAGUGGAUUUGCUGAACCUGGGUGACUUGGAAACAUGUAUUUAAUUUUCAUUCUUUUUUAUUUUCGCACUCUGUUGCUGCACUAUAUCAGAUUCAGGUGAUGUCUCAGCUGCGUUUACGGCCUCAGCAUAACGUUUUUAUUAUUAAUAACGUUUACGUUUUCUGUCUGAUGCCUUAAACGCAAACCAAAUCCUAACAAUAGGAAAGCACCUGUUCUAGUCCGUGUACCAGAAAGAAUGUUACGUCAGUUCUAUACGGAAAUACGCGCAGAAAAUAAUCUGACAGGUUAAAUGGAAUAAUUGCCAUUGCUUUUCUGUGCAGUGAAACCAGCGUAGUUGAUUUUGUUGGGUGGAGUCACAGUCACACCCGUGCUCUGAUGCCGCGGAAGUCUUAUUAUCUGUACAGCAUCUGACGUUUGUGACGUCAGCUUGGGUUCACGUUGGUGUCUUUUUGGUUCUACGUAUUCACAUUUUUCUCCCACAUUGAAGCAGCGUUGCUGAGCCCCGCGAUGACGACGGAGGCGGACUGCAACAGCAACUUUCUGGAAGUGAAAAGGCUGCAGGAGCUCAUCCGAAAGUUGGAGCGACAGAACGAAGAGCUGCGCAUCCAGACGACUGACUGUACAGGCGGCCAACGAUCGCCGCGGUUCCACCUCUUAAGUCCUCAGACAGACUAUUUCAAACUGCACAUUGCCGGAGAUAAAGCAGAAACGGGGGAGAAGGAGGGAGACGUCGGCGGAUCGGUCCUGGAUGAGGUCGAGCUUCUGGAUUUGGGUUCUCUGGAUGAAGAUGAAGAAACGUGGUUGUAUGAGUCGCCAAAGGCCAGACGGAGCUCAGAGAAGUCCCUCUCACCUCUGCAGUGGUGCCAACAGGUUCUGAAUAACCUGAAGACAGAUCUGGAGACCACCAGGCAGUCGCUGUCCUUCCAACUAAACCAAGGCUCCAGGUGGCGUAGCUCCAUGACCAGUUCCUCUCCGUCCUUCUCUCCUGGCCCUCCCCUCAGGCAAAAUGGUGGAGGUUCCACCGUGGUUGUUCCUUUAUGUUCGACUUCUCAACCCUCUGAAAAGAACACAAACCCACCAGCCUUCCUUCCUGACAUCCGUCGGACACAGAGUCCACUAGGAAAGAAGUUGUCUCCAAUAGCUGAGAGGACUCCGACGUUCCUCCCUCAUUCAGCCAGUAGACCCAUCCACCUGAGUCACUUGUUCCUCACUCCUGCGUCACCCGUGGGCAGGGGCCUCGGUGUAUCAGACGUGUUGGACACUCCCAUCACUAUGGGAUUCAAACUACAGGACUUUACUGAUGUCCAGGUCAUGGCGCGCAUGCAGGAGGAGAAUCUCAGAGCUCAUCGCUACUUCAGCUUCAUUAAUCCCAACAGGCCUAAGACAGGACUACGUAGGCGGGACCUCCACGCUGGACCUCCUGCGCAGCCAGAGCUUCACCUCAGAGCUCAGCGUCAGCCCCGACCUGGGAGAGGGAAAGGAGGGCAACGACGAAGAUUGUUCCCUUCUACUGCACCUAACACGCUCACACACCUUGUCCAGUAUCAGAGAAUUGGACCAAAGCCUAAGGUUCCUGGUCACCCCACCUCCCACUCCCUCCACUCGUACACUCCCCUUAGCCGGCAUCGCCAUUCAGCCUCUGGACCAAGGCCGAUCCCGAAGAAUGGAAUUGGG